AUGUUGGAGGAAGCAUGGGUCCAGUACCACAAGAAGCUGGAGUUUCUUCAACUCCCGCCAGGAACUCACAUCAAAGCCGCAGCCUCUGGCGUUGAUCAUCAUGCUCUUUACUUCAGUCCACAAAAAGUGAUCCACUAUACCUGUGACGGAACCGAAGGAAACGGCAAGUGCAUUAUCAAGGAAUGCAGUUUUGAGGAGUUCUGCCGAGCCUACCCGUUCCUACAUGUGGUGUGGCACCCGGACAGUGAAGAACAAGGCAAGGUCAUAGAACAGACAGCACGAAAUCGCCUGGGUGAAGACCAGUACGACAUGUUCUUGAACAACUGCGAGGAUUUUGUGUGUGUGCGUGCAUCAGCACUGCUCUUGGCCGUUACAGUCAUAGGACUCAGGUUAAAGAAGCAGUUCAAGACGUUGUCGCUUGUGCCAACGAGGGGGUAA